GGCACGAACAAAGCACGUGUGCGAAGCGAAAACGUCAGUUCUACAGUGCCUGUCAAAACGAGAAAGUGUGCACUAGCGGUACUUAUUUUUUUAUUUAACUAUGUAACCUCGAAUUGUAUUAAACUUAUCUUGCUUUUAAAACUAGUUACUGGCGAACGCGCAUUCGGCAAAAAUCAAUAAAUGCUAAACAUGUGACAUAGAAUCUGUUAUACACCACAAGUGCACUAUCAUCUUUCACUAGCAAUAAGUUACCGGUCAAUUAAUUGAAAUUUAUUCAUAUUUUUAGUGAAACGAUUAACAAUUGUGAUAAAUAGUGUAGUGAAUAAAGGCUGAGUGAUAAUUAGUAAUUUAAGGAUAAUAAAGUUGUACUUAUACGGUAGUGUCAAUUAAAAUUAUUGAUAGAGAUGGAUGGAGGAACACAUGUACGCCCCAAAGUAGAAAAUCCGGUUAAGAAAGCCGGCUUCUUGUCAAAGAUCACGUUCUGGUGGUUACACCCAAUAUUCCAAAUAGGUCUCAAGAGGUCUCUAGAAGCCAAGGAUCUCUACAAGGCCUUGCCGAGUCAUGCAUCAGAGAGACUUGGCGACCAGUACGAUGCAUUGUGGCAAGAAGAGCUCAAUAAGACAAGGACCAAUAAUGAGAAGAAGAAAAAGCCGAGCCUUCUUAGGGUCAUUAUGAAGACGAGUGGCCUGCAGGUUAUCGGUUAUGGACUGCUGUACUCUCUUAUAGAAACCGCUGCCAGAGCUUUGCAACCUUUAUUUCUGGGAGCAUUAGUAGGAUAUUUUACACCAGGGCAGGAUCAUACGACUAAGGAGCAGGCUUAUUAUUAUGCAGCAGGAAUAGUGAUGUGCUCAACCAUUCCAGUGGUCGUUUUUCACCCAUUUAUUUUAUGUAUUAUGCAUUGUGCUAUGAAAAUUAGACUGGCUUGCUGUUCACUGAUAUAUAGAAAGGUGUUAUCAACAAACAAGUCCAGCACGGGUGAAGGAAUGGCCGGACGCGUCGUGAAUCUAAUGUCCAACGAUGUCCAGAGAUUCGAUUUGGCUGCGGCGUUCGUGCAUGAUUUAUGGCGAGGUCCUGCCGAUGCUGCAUUGUUUGGUUAUCUCAUGUAUAGAGAAGUUGGACCUAGUGCUCUGCUGGGGGUCGCGUGUAUGAUUGCAUUUAUACCUUUGCAAGGAUGGUUGGGUAAACGCGCUGCUUCCCUGCGGCUUCGCACUGCUCUUAAGACAGAUGAACGAGUUAGACUCAUGAACGAAAUUAUUACUGGUAUGCAGGCAAUAAAAAUGUAUGCCUGGGAAGGAUCAUUUGCUAAAAUGCUGUCUUACGUAAGAAGGAAAGAAGUAAACAUAAUUCGUCAGUCCAACUACAUUCGAGCAACUUUGGGAGCUUUCAUAAGUUUUAUGCCACAACUUUGUAUUUUCAUAACUAUUGUUAGCUACAUUUUAAUGGGCAAUCAAAUCACUGCUUCCAAAACCUAUAUUGUUACAUCCAUGUUCAAUAUGCUUAGUUUUUCUAUGGUUGAAUUUUGGCCACUUGCAAUAACAGUGUGCUCUGAAGGAUACAUUUCUGUUAAAAGAGUUCAAGAAUAUUUACUUCAAGGAGAUUACGUAGAAGAAAAAACAAAGAAAAGUGAUAAGAAAAAGUUAACAAAUGGUGAUUUAGCGAAGAAGAAACUAAUGGAAAAACAUGAAAAAAAUCAUGUUGGAAAUGUGAGAGGAACUUGCGACGGGCCAAUUGCUGAAGGGAUGAGCGUUGUCUUCAAAAAUGUAACGGCUUGUUGGAGCACUGAAAGCAAUGCUGGAGUAUACAACAUUGAUUUAGAAUGUCCAAAGGAAGGCCUUACAGCCAUUGUAGGUCCUGUGGGUUCUGGUAAAACUAGUCUCUUACAAGUUGUAUUAAAGGAACUUCCAGUGCAAAGAGGAACUUUAUUGAUCAGUGGUCAAGUAUCAUACGCAGCGCAGGAAUCCUGGUUAUUUGGAGGAACAUUGAAGCAGAAUGUCUUAUUUGGAGAAGAAUUUGAAGCUGAUCGUUAUGCUGAAGUUUUACGUUGCUGCGGAUUAGAAAGAGAUUUAACACUUUGGCCGCGAGGCGAUGCAACAAUAGUUGGCGAAAGAGGAGUUGCUUUGAGUGGAGGACAAAAGGCUAGGGUAGCUUUAGCCAGAGCUGUUUACAGGCGGGCCGACAUAUAUUUGCUUGAUGAUCCUCUUUCCGCCGUUGAUACUGCUGUUGGGAAGAAAUUGUACGAAGAUUGCAUAACUGGUUUCCUGAAGGACAAAUGCUGUAUUUUAGUUACUCAUCAGUUACAGCAUUUACGAGGAGCCAGUCAUGUGGUGUGCAUGCAAAAGGGAAGUAUUGAAGCAUUUGGAAGUUACGACCAACUUUCUGCAAGAGGUGUUUGUGAAAGAUUACUUUCCCAAGAAAGCACUCAAGAAGAAGAUACUGGCAAAGAUCAUAAAACGGUAGAUGCGUCGGAUGUAGAUGAAGCGCCAAAACUUGAAAUGAAUGAUGAUGAUGAGGAAUAUCAAUCAGCUGGUUCUGUAGGCGUCCAUGUCUAUUUAGGAUACUUCCGCGCAGUCGGAAAUACUUGUACUUUGUUACUUCUUGCUAUAUUGUUUUUGAUGCGCGAAAUUGCCGCAAACGGGAUUGUGUACUGGGUUGCAUUUUGGGUAAACAUAGAAGAAAACAGAAAUAACACUGAAGUGAUAGACAUCAAUUCAGUAAACAUCCCUAACGAUACGAUUUAUGUGAAAGAUUUUGAUUUCAAUGCGAAUCUUCUAAAUACAACUGCCAGUAAUGAUAGUUGGACCGACUUCUUAUCUCAAGAUAACUGCAUAUAUAUUUAUUCCGGUAUCAUUGGUGUUCUAAUAUUUGCUGCGUUUAGUAGAACCUUUUUCUUCUACAUAGCUUGUGCCAAAGCUUCUAUGACUUUGCAUGAUAAUAUGUUCGUUGGUCUGACUCGAGCUACAAUGAGAUUUUUCUACAAGAAUGCUUCUGGAAGGAUAUUGAAUAGAUUUUCUAAAGAUAUUGGUGCCAUUGAUACUAUUCUGCCUAUGGCGUUUAUGGACUGCAUUUUCUUUUUUGCUGAUACUAUAGGUAUAUUUGUUUUGGUUGGAAUAGUUGAUUAUGUUUUACUUAUUCCAACGUUCUUUAUGGGAAUAUUAUUUUAUGUAAUGAGAAGAGUAUUUUUAUCUACAAGUAGAAGUGUUAAGAGACUGGAAGGAAUCACCAGAAGUCCCGUUUUUACGCAUGUAAAUGCAACUCUGCAAGGUCUAACAACCAUUCGAGCAUUUGAUAAACAAAAAGAAUUAUCUUUAGAGUUUGAUGAACACCAGAAUCUGCAUAGUUCCGCAUUUUAUAUGUACUUAACAACAACCAGAGCGUUUGCACUAUGGCUUGAUGUUGUUUGUAUUAUUUAUAUUCUGGUAGUCACACUAAGCUUUCUGGUUUUAGGCAAUGAUCACGCACCUGGUGGAAACGUUGGUAUGGCGAUUACUCAAGUCAUUGGUUUAAUAGGUAUGGCACAAUGGGGAAUGCGACAAACUGCUGAACUUGAAAACCAGAUGACCUCAACUGAAAGAGUUUUAGAAUAUACAAAAUUAGAACCAGAGCCUCCUUUGGAAACACCGCCAAGUACAAAUUUACCACAACCUUGGCCAACUGCGGGGCGCGUGGAAUUCAAGAAUGUCAGUCUUAGAUAUAAUCCUGAAGAAGAGUGUGUCUUGAAAAAUCUUAACAUAUCCAUAUCGGGUGGAGAAAAGGUGGGAAUAGUCGGUAGAACUGGUGCAGGAAAAUCAUCUUUAUUGUCUGCACUCUUCCGUCUAACAGAACAUGAAGGAAUAAUAGAAAUUGACGGAAUUGAUACUAAAAAACUUGGCUUACAUGAUUUAAGGUCCAGCAUUUCUAUUAUUCCCCAGGAGCCAGUUUUGUUUUCAGGAACUCUUAGGGGCAACCUGGAUCCAUUCAGUUGCGCCAGUGAUGAUCAGCUUUGGAAAGCAUUGGAAGAGGUUGAAUUGAAGAAAGUGGUCAGUGAAUUGACUUUAGGAUUGUACAGCAAAAUGUCGGAUGGUGGAUCCAAUUUUAGUGUAGGACAACGUCAAUUAGUCUGCUUGGCUCGUGCUAUUUUAAGGGAUAACAAAAUUUUAGUCUUAGAUGAGGCAACUGCUAAUGUUGAUCCGGAGACUGACCGACUCAUACAAUCAACUAUUCGUGAGAAAUUCUCUCACUGCACUGUUUUAACAAUAGCUCAUAGAUUACAUACAGUGAUGGAUAGCGAUAAAGUCUUAGUAAUGGAUGCUGGCUGUGUUAUAGAUUUUGGGCAUGCUUAUGAUCUGCUUACAAAAGGUUCAGAAAUCUUCAAAAACUUAGUAGACCAAACGGGUAGCUCUACUGCACAAAUGCUUACAGAUAUAGCAAGAGCAGAUUUCCAAAAGAAAACUGAGAAUAAAAAAACAGCAUAAAUUAUUAGGAGAUAAUUAUUGUGAGUAUUAUGUAGAUAAUUUAAGAUCGUGAU